AUGAGCGCCCCGACGCUGCCUGUUGACCUGCAAUGGGUCGCACAUACGCUGAUGCCCUACCUGCGCUACGCUUUCCAGCAUGUUUUGCAUCGUAAUCUCGAUAUUACGCCGUACAUUCAGCGCGUGCUCGACUCUUCUACCAGCAAGUCUGGCUCCUACACCGAUGGUGAUGGCCUCGUCUUCGAGCGUGUCUUCUUCGCAAUCGAGCGUCGCCACCAAGACCUUCCGGCCGAGCUUAAUGAUUUCACGGAGAACCUAGAGUGUCUCGCUUUGUUUCUCAUUCGUCGCGCGCAGGAGAAGGGUCCAUACCGGUUACUGGGUCGCGAUAUUCCGCCUAGCGACGCCUGGAAGAAGUAUGAGAGUGAAAGGAUCACACAGGUUGCAGCCAAGAACGUAAAAGGUACGUGUGACCCUUCCCUGAAUCUAUUGCUUAAUGGUUUUUCCUAUCACUUCUUCCACUUCGCGCUACUCAAUCAACGCUUACGCCUCCUCUAG